ACGUCUCCAUCUCCAUCCUCUCUUCUGGUUUGCUUUCUCUCUCUUCCUUCUUCGCGUGCCCUUUGCGAAGAAGAGAAGGGAAGGGCAAGGAAACCGAUAGCUGAAGCUCAACCGGUCCCCUUCCUUCUCUGUCCCGGCUGAAUUCCGGUCGGUUUGCGUCUGAUUUUCUGUUCCGGGGAGGAGGGGAUUUCUUUUUGCGGCGGCGGGCGAAGAUGAUGGUGGCUAACAGCUUCGACAUGUGGCAGAAGGAUAACUUCUUCUCCGCAGCUGAGGAGGUCCAGGAAUCUGCUGAUUUGGCCUGAUCUUCUCUUUGCCGUUAACGUGGAAAAGGGAGGCAGAUGCGGGGGAAUAUGAGAGGUAAAAGAAAAGGACGAGGAGGAAGUCAACGACAUCAACUCUUGGCGGAUCUGCGCCUCGUCGCCACCUAGCCAAAAAACAUUGGAAAGACGUUAUUAAUGAUAUUUUCAUGAGCAGACACCCCUCUAAAACACACGUGCCACUUCUCAUCAGGUCUCGUGUCUCGUGUCUCCUCUCCUCAUUUUCUUUCUUCUAUUUAUACCAUCACGAUUCGAAGCAUCCUAACACACAGAUCACUGCUUUUGUUCAUUCACUGACUCUCUUGAGAAGCUGCCCACAUCCCCAAACUCCUUCAAUCACACUAUCAUCAGUUCAGUCUUGCUACAAGUUGGCGGCGCUGGUUUUCUAACGAAGGUUACGGAGAUGGGUUCCACUGAUAAGACUAGCUCCAAGAUAUUGCGGGAACCCAACAUCGAGUUCUGGCAGGGCGGCCAUGAUAUCGAUGGGGGGGAGGACCCUGAUAGUGAUGAUGCUUCUCACUCCGGUCGGCAUGCAGUUGCAGAAGACCCUCCUUCCCAGCUCAUUGGCCAAUUCCUGCACGGUCAGACGGCUUCCAGGGGCGACGUUUCCCUUGACAUGGACUUGGAGAUGGACGAACUCCGCCAUGAGGUUGCUCCGGUUGCUCCGGUGCCCAAGUCCCCAGCCCCAUUGCCGCCUAAGCCCGCUUCAGACCCAAAUGCCCCGAAGGAGAUUCGGGUCUCCUUUCAUCCACCCGGCUCAGGAAGCGGCGGAGCUGCAACGGACACUUCAACCGAAACUCCCAGGAGACAUGUACAGCACAGGAGUUCGCCCAGCAAUAAUGAUAUCAGCCGCUCUUCAGGAGCAGAAGAAGAGGUGUUGAAGCCUGCUCCGGCCUCGUCCUUCCGAAAGCAAUCGACCUUGUUGCUAGCCAAAACACGUUCCCGCCUAAUGGACCCGCCAGAGGAAUCCGACCUGCGUUCGGGGCGUGGGAUGCGGUCGGGGCCCCUAUGGUCUGGGAUGCUCGGGCGAGCUGCCGGAGAAGACAACGACGAGGACGACCUGCUGCUUGAGGAGGACUUGCCCGAAGAAUACAAGAAGGCGAACUUGAGUGCGAUGACUCUGCUCCAGUGGGUGAGUCUUUUUUCCAUGAUUGCUGCCUUAGUUUGCACUCUCACUAUCCCGAUAUUGAAGGGCAGAGAUAUAUGGAAGCUCAAGCUUUGGAAGUGGGAAGUCAUGGUAUUGGUCUUGAUCUGUGGGCGGCUAGUCUCAGGCUGGGUUAUUCGUGUCCUAGUGUUCUUCAUAGAGCGAAACUUCAUGCUGCGGAAACGGGUUCUUUACUUCGUCUACGGAAUCCGAAAAGCCGUUCAGAACUGCCUUUGGUUAGGACUUGUCUUGAUUGCUUGGCACGCACUCUUCGGUAGGAAAGUACGGAGGGAGACUAGGAGCAGCAGCUUAGAGUAUGUGACUAAAGUCCUAGUGUGCCUUUUGGUUGCGACUCUCCUGUGGCUCGUGAAGACAUUAAUAAUAAAGGUGUUCGCAUCGUCUUUCCAAGUGAGCAUAUACUUUGAUAGGAUUCAGCAGUCUUUGUUCAACCAGUAUGUGAUUGAGACAUUAUCGGGCCCACCAAACAUUGAGAUUCAGAGGAUUGGGGAGGAGGUGGAGAAGUUCGAAGAAGAGGUUCAAACUCUGCAGAACGCCGGUGCGGCCGUGCCUCCUGGCCUUAAGCCUCCACCAAUACCGACAAAGAGCGGGAGAAUAAUUGGAAGUGGCGGGCUUGGGCAGAAGAGCCUGCGGAUGAAGAAUGUGAGGUUUUCGCGGGCCAUGUCGAAGAAGGAUGAUGAUGGGAUCACCAUCAAUCACCUUCACCGGCUCAACCCAAGAAAUGUCUCCGCUUGGAAUAUGAAGAGGCUGAUCAAUAUGAUAAGUCAUGGAGUUCUUUCCACUUUGGAUGAGCAGACUCCAAGUUUCACAAAUGAGGAUGAGUCUGCCACAUUGAUUCGGAGUGAGAAUGAGGCCAAGGCUGCUGCCAGGAAGAUCUUCCAGAACGUAGCAAAGCCUGGGUCGAAGUACAUCUACCUUGAAGAUCUGAUGCGGUUCAUGCAGGAAGAUGAAGCUUUGAAAACUAUGAGUCUUAUUGAAGGAGCGGAUGAAAGCGAGGAAAUCAGCAAGUCAGCCCUUAAGAAUUGGUUGGUCAAUGCCUUUAGAGAGAGGAGAGCCCUAGCCUUGACUUUGAAUGACACGAAAACGGCAGUCCACAAACUACAUCGGGUCAUUAAUGUGAUAGUCGGGAUUAUUGUGGCGAUCAUUUGGCUUCUUAUACUGGGAAUUGCCACGAGCAAGUUCCUGCUAUUCUUGAGCUCUCAACUUGUGCUCGUUGCUUUCAUAUUCGGGAAUUCCUGCAAGACAGUAUUCGAGGCCAUUAUCUUCUUGUUUGUGAUGCACCCUUUCGAUGUGGGAGAUAGGGUGGAGGUUGAUCAGGUUCAGAUGGUUGUGGAAGAGAUGAACAUCUUGACGACUGUCUUCCUAAGAUACGACGAGCAGAAGAUUGUGUACCCGAAUAGUAUUCUCUCCACGAAGGCCAUCGGGAACUACUAUCGUAGUCCUGACAUGGGAGAUGCGAUUGAGUUCUGUAUACACGUCUCAACUCCUGCAGAGAAUAUUGCAGCCAUGAAGCACAGAAUAAAGAGUUACAUUGAGAUCAAGAAAGAGCAUUGGUAUCCUUCGCCGAUGAUAAUAAUGAAAGACUUGGAGGAGUUAAAGAGGGUAAGGAUGGCGGUAUGGCCUCGCCACAGAAUGAACCACCAGGACAUGGAUGAGAAGUGGGUGAGAAGAGGUGUCCUGAUUGAGGAGAUGGUAAAGAUCUUCAAAGAGCUCGACAUUCAGUACCGGUUGUUACCUAUCGACAUCAACGUCCGAGCACUACCUCCAGUGAACUCUGCUAGAGUCCCCCCAGGAUGGACGACUAGCAACAGCUAGAUCGAUGGACCCUGUGAAUCAUAUCACAUUGGAUACCUAUAAUUAGAGAAAGUUGGGAUAAAUUCAUAACAAAAAGGACAUGCAUUUAGUUUAUGAAUGAACACCUUUUGGGAUCUCCGAUCGGAUUCGAGUUUGUUUGGCCACGUAGAAUUGAUGAUAUAUAUAGCCUUUGUGCAAGGUAAGUCCAAGUUAGGCUGAAAUCCU